AUGUCUGAUAUCGAUGAAGAUUUACUAGCUUUGGCCGGUGCCGACGAAGAAGAAGAAGAUGAUGAACAACUUUUAACAACGUCAGGUAAAAGGGCCAAAAAUCAUGACCAAGUUGGAUCUAAAAGAAAGAAAAUUGAAGUUGACAGUGAAGCUGAAGAGGAAGAAGAAGAUGAUUAUAACCCAUAUGGUGGCAAUCAAAGUGAAGAAGAAGAAAUCGAUGAACCUAAUCCCUUCCCAUUAGAAAAUAAAUAUAAAGAUGAAGAUGAUCGUGAACAUUUGGAAUCUUUACCAGAAAUGGAGCGUGAAACUUUGCUGUUUGAAAGAUCCCAAGUUAUGAGGAAAUAUCAAGAAAGAAAAUUGUUUAGAGAACGUCAAAGAAACAUCAAAGAACAACAAGAAAGAAAUGAACUUGAGGAAGAAGGGAAGAAAACUCGUUCUUCUACCAGAGCUACUCAUGCCACUGGUCAUUCUGACUUGAAGGCAUCGAAACUUUCACAAUUGAAGAAACAAAGAGAGAGGAAAACUAGAGACCAAGAUUAUAAUGAUGUAGAAGAUGAAGAUGAUUUAGAUGAUUAUGCUCCAGACGAUAAUUAUAAACAUGAAGAUAGCGAAUACGAAGAAGAGGGAGAAGAAGACGAAGAAGAUUAUAAUCCAUAUGCCACUAGAAAAAGUUAUGAUAUGGAUAAAGAUGAAGUUGAAUGGGCUGAAGAACAAACUGAUAGAGAAGCAGAAUUAGAUGAUUUCAAUAAGGUAAAGGUUGGGCGUUCAUUUAUUGCAAAAUACUGUUUCUAUCCAGGUUUCUCAGAUUUAUUAAAGGGUUGUUAUGGUAGAGUCAAUGUUGGGACCGAUAGACGUACAGGUAUUUCGUCUUAUCGUAUGGUGAAAAUUGAGAAAGUUUUCUUGAAAGGUCCAUAUCGAAUGGGUGAUUUUUUCACUAACCAGUAUCUUGGUGUUACUCAAGGUCACGAUAGAAAAGUUUUACAAAUGAAUAUUUUUAGUGAUGGACUCUUCACUUCAGCGGAAUUUGAUAGAUAUACGAGAGCGCUUGAGAAUUCACAUUUAACCAAACCUUCGAUACAUGUUCUCAGAGGUAAAUCUAAAGAGAUCCAAGCAUUUGUUUCCGAACCGUUAACAGCAAAGAUGACCGAUGCUAUUGUUCGUAAUAGAAUGAUGUUUAAUAAGAAAUUAUCCGGUACUAAUGCUGUCUUAGAGAAAACAGUAUUGAAAGACAAACUACGCUAUGCUCGUGAAAAUAAUAAUGAAAGAGAUGUUGCUAAAUAUUCAUCUCAAUUGAGAAAUUUGGAAAAGAGAAUGUCUGUUUAUGAGAAACAUCAUGAAAAUGAUCAAUUGGGUAUGAAUAAAUUAGGUGCAUUGACAUCAAAGAAUAGGAAAGUUAACAUGGAUAAGAUUAGGAAUGCUGAACAUAUAAAGAAGGAGGAUCAUGGGCUCGAUUCAAAGAGUGAUCCGUUUAGUAGAUUGAAAACUAGAACAAAGAUUUACUACCAAGAAGUACAAAAGGAAGAAAAUGAGAAGGCUCAAGCCAUGGCUGAAGCCAAACAAAAACAAUUGCAAGAAAAUAAAGCUCUUAAUGAACAUAAGGAGAAAGAACUUCUAUUAGCUCGUUUCAAACGUUUAGGUGGUCUAGAGAACCUGAUACAAAACUUGGAUAUAAAUGUGACAUUCGAUAUCUAA